AUGAGUCGUCUUAUAAAUGUUGCUCGGAAUGCACCAAAAUUGUUUCUGACCAAUAAUUCAGUCACCGGUCAUUCUUACAUUGGUCGAGCUUUAUUAAGUAAAGGUGUACGUUUUUACUCUGGGCCGCCCGAGGCUGAAUCCUUUGAAGUGUUCACUGAACGCUAUGUGAAAUUCUUUGAUAACGUUGACGACCGUUUUGAGUUACAAAGAGGUCUCAACAAUUGUUUCGCCCAUGAUUUAGUACCCGCACCGUCGGUCAUUGAAGCGUCCCUCAAAGCUGCGAGACGUGUGAACGAUUAUUCAACAGCUGUUCGCAUUUUCGAGGGGAUCAAGUAUAAGGUUGAUAAUGAAGGUAUAUAUAAUCAAUAUUUGGAGGAAUUGAAACCUGUCAAGGAUGAAUUAGGAAUUUUGACCAAGGAGGAGCUGGGUCUUUAG